AUGGCAAGAAAAAAGAAGAACCAUUUAGAGGUUAUAAUGGAAGAUGUUGGCAUUGAGAUUGAUGGACAGUUGGAUAGUAGCUCAGAUACUGAUACUGAGGAUGAUGAUGAAGACAUAAAGAGAAAAAGAAGGAGAGGGAAAAGAUCAACCCAAAGAGGGUGUAAUGACAGUGAAGAAGACUUUAGUGAUGAGGAAUCAACAAGUCGAGUCAAGAGAAAGGGAAGAAACAGAUCUAAAAUGAGAAAAAAAGACAUAGAUGACGAUGAUGACGAUGAUGAUGAUGAUGAUGAUGAUGAUGAAAAAAGCGGUAAAAACAGGAGAACUGGGAAUAGAAAUAGAGGCAGGAAUACAGGAAACAGGGGACAAAAGGAAACAAAGAAAACAGGAAAGAAGAAUGAGCAAAAGAAAGAGGUACAGAAAAAGAAGAAAAGCAGCAGUGAUUCCCAGUCCUCAUCCUCUGAUGAAGAAUCUCUGAAUGAAGAGGAAAUGGCAAAGUUAAUGGAAAAUGUGGAGGAAAAGAAGAAACUGAUAUCCACCAUUAGAAACAAACCAUGGCGUAUGAAGAAAAAGCUCUCAGUGUUAAGGGAUGCCCAGAAGUUUGUGGAGAAAUUUGAAGGGGCUUUGGGAAAGGGGAAAGGGAAAAAAUUCUAUGCUUAUAAAGUAAUGAUGUUGAAGAAAUGGAUCAAGUUUAAAAGGGAUUUUGAAAAUUUUAAAACAGCCUGUAUACCAUGGGAGAUGAAAAUCAAAGAAAUCGAAAGUCAUUUUGGGUCAUCCGUUGCCUCAUACUUUAUUUUCUUGAGAUGGAUGUACGGGGUGAAUCUGGUGCUGUUUGGCUUAAUCUUUGGACUUGUUGUAAUACCAGAGAUAUUAAUGGGCUUGCCAUAUGGAAGUUUGCCACGAAAGACUGUGCCUAGGAAUGAAGAGGAAACAGCCAUGGAUUUCUCAGUGCUUUGGGAUUUUGAGGGUUAUGCCAAAUAUUCUGUCCUGUUUUAUGGCUAUUACAACAACCAGCGCACAAUCGGCUGGUUAAAAUUCAGGCUGCCAUUGUCAUAUUUUAUGGUGGGCGUGGGUGUGUUUGGAUACAGCCUGAUGGUUGUCAUUAGAACCAUGGCAAGCAAUGCCAAUGAAAACACAAGUGAUGGGGAUGAUGGAAAUUUCAAUUUCAGCUUUAAAAUGUUCACAAGUUGGGACUAUUUGAUUGGAAACCCGGAAACUGCGGACAACAAAUUUGCAUCAAUAACUACAAUCUUUAAGGAAUCUAUUGUAGAUGAGGAAGAAAGCAACAAAGAUGAAAACAUCCAUCUAACUAGAUUCCUUCGGGUCAUAGCCAAUGUUAUGAUAACAUGCUGUUUGUGUGGGAGUGGUUAUCUCAUCUACUUUGUGGUGAAACGCUCACAGACAUUUUCCAAAAUGCAGAAUGCUGGAUGGUAUGAAAGAAACGAGGUUGAAAUAGUGAUGUCCUUGCUGGGAAUGUUUUGCCCGCCAUUGUUUGAAACUAUUGCAAAUUUAGAAGAUUAUCACCCGCGAGUGGCACUUAAAUGGCAACUGGGAAGAAUCUUUGCUCUAUUCCUUGGCAAUCUAUACACUUUCCUACUUGCUUUGAUGGAUGAUGUCAAUGAGAAGCUUGCUUACGAAGACGUUAUAAAGAAUAUUACCUACUGGACGUUGUACAACCACUAUAAUUCUUCCACCUUUCUUAAUGAUACUGAUGCCACCCCACCUCCACUGCAUCCAGCUGAUGUUCCUCGAGGACCAUGCUGGGAAACCAAUGUUGGCGUUGAAUUUUUGAGGCUGACUGUGUCUGACAUACUCGUCACAUAUGUCACUAUCCUGGUUGGAGAUUUCCUCCGAGCGUGCUUUGUACGAUUUAUGAAUUACUGCUGGUGCUGGGAUUUGGAAGCUGGAUUUCCUUCCUAUGCAGAAUUUGACAUCAGUGGCAAUGUGUUAGGACUGGUCUUCAAUCAAGGAAUGAUAUGGAUGGGUUCAUUUUAUGCGCCUGGAUUAAUUGGAAUUAAUGUCCUCCGUUUACUAACCUCCAUGUACUUCCAGUGCUGGGCAGUCAUGAGCAGUAAUGUUCCGCAUGAACGCGUCUUUAAAGCAUCUAAAUCAAACAACUUUUACAUGGGUUUACUCCUGCUUAUUCUUUUUCUGAGUUUACUGCCAGUGGCCUACACAAUCAUGUCUCUUUCACCAUCAUUUGACUGUGGACCAUUCAGUGGCAAGAAUCGAAUGUUUGAUGUUAUUCAAGAAACAAUGCAAAAUGAUUUUCCUCCAUUCAUUGGAAAAAUUAUAAGUUCUAUAGCAAAUCCUGGGCUAAUUAUUCCAGCUAUUCUCCUUAUGGUAUUAGCCAUUUAUUACCUCAAUGCCGUUUCCAAAGCUUAUCAACAAGCUAACAUAGAUUUGAAGAAGAAAAUGCACAUGCAACGAGAAGAAGACAAAAAUAAAAGGAACAAUAACACUCAGGCAAACUCAGUAAUGAGUGACCUCGAAGAGUUACUUCCUCCCAGCGCGAGGAAUGCUUUAAAGCUACAGUCAGCUGCAAAUGAGAACCAGAGCACCGUGAAAUCUGGCAGUGGAAAAACAAACCCAACCAGUAAUGUAGCAAGCAAUGGAAAGAGAGACGUCUCUGCAAUGCAGGCACCACGCAUAGCAAUAACAACUCCUCCUGCACCUAGACCAGGGGGAGCACCCAUGGGUCGACCACAUCAUAAGCAUUAAAAGUAUAGACAAUAAUGAAAUACACGUCUGUCUUCCGAAACCCAUUUCUAUUGCUAAAAAAAAGCAGGGUGGUUGAGCAAAGGCAUUUUGAGCAAAAAUUAUGAGAAUGAACCAAUAUUGCAUUAUUAUAUUAUUUUUUUUAUAAUGGGUGGAAAAAAAAGUUUGUCAAAAUUAUGUGGCAAAACAAAUCCAGAAACCGGAUCUCUAUUUCAUAUAGCCUUUGCGAGAGACAUGCAUAGAAGAAUCGGCUUGGUGUGAAUCAGAGUUGCUCUGCAGCAGUAUUAAUGUGCAUAAAGCGCAUUUUUGAUGUAUAGAUUUUGUUAAUUCUUAUUAAAAGCUAUGGCUUUUAUAAUUUGACAAGUAUAUUUUAUUUUGUUAGACGUUGAAGAUUGUAUAAGCAAACAUUACUCUAUCCCAUGCUGAGAAACACACCGUGUUUGUAUUACCUGCUAAAUACUCCACAUUAUCUUCUGGAAGCAGCCUUCAGAUUGCUCUACUGCUGGAGUCAAGUCACUCACUUUAUAUGACAUGGUCUGACACAUGGUCUCACAUAUAAUACAAUAUAUCUGUGCCUGGCAAACAAGCUAAAUAAACACACACACAAGGAUCAAUACUGGAAAAAGAGGUCACUCACACAUUUACUAUAUGGUUAAAUGUAUAAAGAUACUUGCCUGUUUAACAUCUCAAU